CCAAGAAUAACACUGUGACUUCCUCUCCAUCGUCCUCUACAGUGAAGAGAGGACUUCAAACUUGAAUAUCAUCAAUCUGCACUUCCAAAUAAUCCAGUAACACACUGAUCGUCAACUCAUCACCACUAUUUCUCGAAAUGGAAACUCAUGAAAACUCUCCUCCCGAGAAACAAGAACCACCGCCAAAAACCCCAUCGCCACCGCCGCAUCAACCCCAUGCCGGUGCCACAAAUUGCACCAACUGCAGCGGCCCCACCCCCAUCUCCUUCCCGCCACCUCCAGCAUGGUCCGACGUCUCUCCGCCGACCACCUACCGCCCCAUCCGCGCCCCAGCCAUCAACCUCCCACCAAACUCCAACUCCAUCAUGCUGGCCCCCGUCCCACAACCCCAGAAAGUCCCCAUCGUCUCUCCUCCCUACCAAUUCCAGACCCCAACCAAGAAAAUCCACUCCCCAGACGACCUCCGCCACUUCCACGGCUCCGAUUCCGGCAACAACUUCCUCGGCUUCGUCGUCGCCCUCAGCGAUUCCAUCCGCAGUCACAAGAUCUCCGAUUCUUGCCACCAAUCCACCACUAUCAAUUCCAUUGUCUCCAUCAUCGAAACCCUAAUACAAUCCGUCGACGACAUUCCUCCGCUCCCACAAUCCUCCCGGUACGGCAAUUUGGCAUACCGAACUUGGCACAAUCACAUGGUCGAAAAUGCCGAGUCGUUCAUGCUCCGAUUCCUCCCGGACGAUCUCCGAUCCGCCACCGUCGAGCUCAUCCCAUACUUCGCCGACAGUUUUGGGAAUUCAAGCCGGAUCGAUUAUGGUACAGGCCAUGAAACCAAUUUCGCUGCUUGGUUGUAUUGUUUAACAAGGUUAGGGGUUAUCUUAGAAGAGGAUUACCAAGCUGUUGUGUCUAGGGUUUUUGUUAGGUAUCUUGAUUUGAUGAGAAAGUUGCAGUUGGUUUAUUGUCUCGAGCCUGCAGGGUCACAUGGUGUUUGGGGACUCGAUGACUAUCAUUUCCUACCAUUUAUAUUCGGUUCUUCGCAGUUGAUUGGCCACAAAUACAUGAAACCCAAGUCAAUUCAUAAUGAGGAUAUACUCGAGAACUAUUCGAAUGAGUAUCUUUAUCUUUCGUGCAUUGCCUUUGUCAAGAAGGUGAAGAAGGGGCCGUUUGCUGAGCACUCGCCGUUGUUGGAUGAUAUCAGUGGCGUGGCGACCUGGAACAAGGUGAAUAGUGGAAUGUUGAAGAUGUAUAAGGUGGAGGUGUUGGAAAAGGUCCCUAUCAUGCAGCAUUUCUUGUUUGGUUGGCUCAUCAGAUGUUGUCAACUGUUUGCUUGAGUGGUAUUAUCUGCCCAUUGUUUCAAAUAAUGGCGCUAUUCGAAGGGACUAGCAUAUGAAGUCAUACAAAAUCUGCAUUUUAAUACUGCUCAAAAAAUGUGCUAGAUGCAUUUUUUCUUUUGCCCGGAUUUUAACUGUCUGUUUAAGGUUUAAUGCUAUCUUCAUUCACUUCCUUCCAGAUAACAGGGUGCAGGGUUGAAGUCUCAGUUAGGAUGUAGUUUUAUGUCAUAGUUUAUAUAUAUAAAACUUUUUUGUACCAGAUAAGGUAGUAAAAUAGGUUUAUUAUUGCAGUGGUUUUUGUGAUACGUACUUUUCUUUUGUUGCUGUAUUGAGGAAAACAGUCUCUCUAUCUCUCUCUUUGGCUGGUAUGGUGUAUUUAACUCAAUUUACGCUUUGCAACAAUUUUGAAGUGGUUCUCCACCAGACAUCGCUUUAUUGGUGCUGUUAAGAAUAAACUAGUACUUUGUUUUA